AUGGCUGAGAGGCAGGAGGUCGGGGAGAGUCGAAGGGCAGCGAGAUACUGCGUCACGUCGCUGGAUUUGAGCGAUAACGCUAUUGAGGGAGACAAUUUGACGGCUUUAGCGGAGUUGUUGGACGGCUGCAGCCGAAGGAGACUCGGACGUUGCGACCUACCGCUGGACGAGUUGAAACUGGAGAACACGAUGCAUCGGACGCUGACGACGGUGAGUUGGGCUGCGUUUCGGGCGUUUGUCAUUGCGGCGUUUGGAGUCGCUGGAGACAACAGGAACAGGAACUGCUUGAAGAGGCUGUCCCUUGCGCACAACUCGCUGAAUUACCAUCAUGUGGCGUGCAUCUGCUCGGCCUUGAGGUGUGAAGGCACGACUAUCGAAGAGCUGUCCCUGGCUCGCACCUUUUCGCUGUUAGACCCCGCGGAUCGCAGACUCUGCUGGCAGUGGCUGGCGAUUGGCCUUCGCCCCACGAUUCCUCGGGACGGAGGAACGGGGCUACGGAGACUCGACUUGUCGAACAACCCCUUGUUCCCGCUGGAGAGCGAUGCGUGGCUGAACUGCCUUCGCGAUCCACAGAAGACGGUGGUGCAUAGCACGGAGCUAUACUCUUUGCCAGUCAAAGCCUCUCCUCGCCUGCGUAUCAUCGAGAAAGAAGUCCAAGAAGCCAACCUUCGAGCCGAGUCAAAGGAGUGGGAAGUGCUGGCGUCUCUGGAUGGAUGGCUUUGCGUUAUAGUCCCGGGGUUUGGGGUCGUUUGGACCAAAGCAAAACAUGCGAUGUCUUGGGAGCACGAUGAGGAAGGCGUCCCCUCUGCUUCUGCAGUAUUGUCGGAGCUAGUAAUGAACGGUAUGGCGGACUCUCGGACUACGACGGAGGCGCUGGAGAACUUCCUGGGCGGUUUUGGAGGGCGCUUGCAGUCGCUAGAGCUGCGCCGCAACGCGUUGUCUGCCAUGGACCUGGAUGCUAUUCUCGCUGGCUGCCGAGAGCUCCACACGCUGGAUGUAGAAGGCUGCAGGAUCCUGCAGUUACAGCUACUCGUGGAUGCGCUGGGCGGGGACUUAGGCCAGCACCUGCGCACACUGAACCUCAACGCCAAUCUAGUUGGUGCCGACUCCGUGAACGUGUUGGCAGCAGCUCUACGCGGGCUUGCACACGAUCACGCCCCGGUUCUCCAAGAGCUGCGUGUGGCGCACAACGAAAUCGGCGCCAACGGCGUGCGCCACCUGCACGCUGCCCUCGAGGCGAACAAGCAGUUGACGCUGCUGGAAUUGGAUCUCCCGAACGAGGGCGCGGAAGCUCCUCGACGACCUGAUGACGACGAGUACAUUCAGCUCUAUCGCACUCGCUGCAUGCGCCUGGAUGUGUCGUUCCAGAACGAGCUGUUGGGAGUGUCUCCGCUGCCUGCGGAUCGCAAGCUCGCGUUCUUGCUCAUGUUGAACACGCGCGACGUGGUGCUCGAUCCGGGAAUCUGCAGCGUCAUCUUCGAUUUUGCGGCUGACGAAAAGCGGCGCCGGAUACUCUGGAACUCUGCGCACUCCUGA